CCUCAACGAUCGCGUGUGCAACAACAACAACCACAACAUCGAAAGCAACAACAGACUAAAAUAACCCGCAUUUGACUAUUGUUUGUCUUACGAAACAGAACCAAAUCCGGCAACCGGUGCCAGAACAAUUCAAAUCGAAAAUCCUAAGCAAAUCAAAACAGAUCUUAACAAAGGUGCUUGAAAAAUAUUACAAUAAAAACAUUUGUUGAACUCAAACAAAAAACAAAACAAAAGAGAAAACAAAUAAAGAUCGUGUGAAAAUAAAUAUGAAGCUGCUGUGCGGUGUUCUACUGAUCACGCUGGCUGUCAGCGACGUUUGGACUUUGCCAGCACGCAACAGUCCGCAAGAUGAUGCGGAGGUGAUUCCUCUGCCACAGGCUCAGCCCGAAUCGAGCGAUCCAAGUUUCCACGACUUUAAGGGCGUAAUUGAUACGGGCGCUGGUAAUCCGUUCCUGCAAUCGAAUCCAUCUGUCUUCCGCUUUAACCUGGGCUUUGCCAAUACCUUUGAUGACAUUUUCCGCCGUCUGCGCGCUCGCCUCUGGCCCAUCGCCGUGGAUGAGGAUGAUUCGGUGGCUGGCUCUGGCGACUCAGCCGAGUCUCCUCUCGGCUUCGGUCUGCGCCCGCUGACACCGCUGAGCACCAAGAAUGGCAAUACCACAUCGACGGUUAAGGUGGUCGAUGGUCACAAGGUGGAGAUCAACGAGACCGUUUACGGCGACUCGAACAGUCUGUUCAAGGUGCGUUUGGUCAAUGUUCGUCCGCUGGAGAGCGGCGAGGAGGUGGUCGAGGGCGUCAUCAACAACCAUGGCGAUUUCAAGCCGGUAAGUUCGCCUAGCACAUCGGCCCCAGCGACGCGCAGCGAAUUGGACGAUCUGGAGGAUGACAAUGAUCGCCGUGAGCCGCUCGAGAAGCAGCCCAAGGACAAUGAGGUGCGCGACAUCGAUGAGCCUCAGGUAUAAAAGCUUUUCACAGCAUUUCCACGCAACUAAAAAAAAAAAAAAACAAAAAACAAAAAACAAAAUCUAACCAGGAAAUGUUUGCAAAAUGCCUUGCCAAUAAAUAUA